AUGCAGAAGAGCCUGGGAGACAACGACGUCCUCCCUCCAGAUGUGCAGCGUCAGCAGAUCAGGCAGUUUCACUACCAGGAGGCCGAGGGCCCUCGAGAGGCCUGCAACCGGCUCCACCGUCUUUGCAGUCAGUGGCUGGAGCCGGAAAGGCAUAGCAAGAAGGAGAUGCUGGACCUGGUGCAGGAGAGGAUGGCGCAGGAGCAUUACCAUGGAGCAAUCUUUCCAGGUGAGGCCAUCAAACCUAUGAUGGAGAAUCAUGAUGGAGAAAAAGUGGCUUCUCUGCAGCCAGAUCGGGGUCUGGUGUCCUUUCAGGAGGUAUCUGUUCAUUUCUCUGAGGAGGAGUGGGGCCUGCUGGAUCCGGACCAAAGAAGGCUUCACAAGGAAGUCAUGGCGGACAAUUAUCAGAAUGUGGCCUCCCUGGGACUUCUGCUUCUCCAACCUGAUUCCAUAUCCCCAGUGGACGAGGCAGGAGAUCCACUUGUCCAAGACGCAGAAGAACCCGAGGGAUCAGCAGGGGAGAAGCCUGAUGAGUGCUUGAAGGGUGGAAGAAGCUUUGCUUGGAAGAGAGACCUCCCUGGCCACCAGCGUAUCCACAUUCGGGAGGAACCUUAUACAUGCUUGCAGUGUGGAAAGAGCUUUGCUCGGCGUUCAAAUCUUACUGCCCAUCAGCGUAUCCACAAUGGGGAGAAAACUUAUAAAUGCUUGCAGUUUGGAAAGAGCUUUGCUCAGCGUUCAAAACUUACUAUCCAUCAGCGUAUCCACACUGGGGAGAAACUUUAUAAAUGCUUGCAGUGUGGAAAGAGUUUUUCUUGUAAUUCCAUACUUACAAUCCAUCAGCGUAUCCACUCUGGGGAUAAACCUUAUAAAUGCUUGCAGUGUGGAAAGAGCUUUGCUCAGAGUUCAUAUCUUCCUGUCCAUCAGCGUUUCCACACUGGGGAGAAACCUUAUAAAUGCUUGCAGUGUGGAAAGGUCUUUGCUUCGAGUUCAAGUCUUACUGUCCAUCAGCGUAUCCACACUGGGGAGAAACCUUAUAAAUGCUUGCAGUGUGGAAAGGGCUUUGCUUCAAGUUCAGAGCUUAUUGUCCAUCAACGUAUCCACACUGGGGAUAAACCUUAUAAAUGCUUGCAGUGUGGAAAGGGGUUUGCUUCGAAAUCACAGCUUACUAUUCAUCACCGUGUCCACACUGGGGAUAAACCUUAUAAAUGCUUGCAGUGUGGAAAGAGCUUUGCUCAAAAUUCACAGCUUACUGUUCAUCACCGUGUCCACACUGGGGAGAAACCUUAUAAAUGCUUGCAGUGUGGAAAGGACUUUGCUCAAAAUUCACAGUUCACUAUCCACCAGCGUAUCCACACUGGGGAGAAACCUUAUAAAUGCUUGCAGUGUGGAAAGAGCUUUGCUCAGAGUUCAUAUCUUACUGUCCAUCAACGUAUCCACACUGGGGAGAAACCUUAUCAAUGCUUGCAGUGUGGAAAGGGCUUUGCUCGGCGUUCAGAACUCAUUGUCCAUCAAGGUAUCCAUACUGGGGAGAAACCUUAUAAAUGCUUGCAGUGUGGAAAAGGCUUUGCUUCGAAUUCAAGUUUUACUGUCCAUCAGCGUAUCCACACUGGGCAGAAACCUUAUAAAUGCUUGCAGUGUGGAAAGGGAUUUGCUUCGAGUUCAGAGUUUAUUGUCCAUCAACGUAUCCACACUGGGGAGAAACCUUAUAAAUGCUUGCAGUGUGGAAAGGGCUUUGCUCGGCGUUCAAACCUUACUUUCCAUCACCGUAUCCACACUGGGGAGAAACCUUAUAAAUGCUUGCAGUGUGGAAAGAGAUUUGCUCGGCAUUCAAACCUUACUUUCCAUCACCGUAUCCACACUGGGGAGAAACCUUAUAAAUGCUUGCAGUGUGGAAAGAGAUUUGCUCAGCAUUCAAGCCUUACUAGUCAUCAGCGUACCCACACUGGGGAGAAACCUUAUAAAUGCUUGCAGUGUGGAAAGAGCUUUGCUCACAGUUCAUAUCUUACUGUCCAUCAGCGUAUCCACACUGGGGAGAAACCUUAUAAAUGCUUGCAGUGUGGAAAGAGCUUUGCUUCGAGUUCAAGUCUUACUGUCCAUCAGCGUAUCCACACUGGGGAGAAACCUUAUAAAUGCUUGCAGUGUGGAAAGGUCUUUGCUUCGAGUUCAAAGCUUAUUGUCCAUCAACGUAUCCACACUGGGGAGAAACCUUAUAAAUGCUUGCAGUGUGGAAAGGGCUUUGCUUCGAGUUCAGAGCUUAUUGUCCAUCAACGUAUCCACACUGGGGAGAAACCUUAUAAAUGCUUGCAGUGUGGAAAGAGCUUUGCUCGGAGUUCAUAUCUUUCUGUCCAUCAACGUAUCCACACUGGGGAGAAACCUUAUAAAUGCUCGCAGUGUGGAAAGAGCUUUGCUCCCAGCGAGGGGCCAACCUCUCCCGCACCCAUCGCUGCCCAUCCCCUGCCCGUCUCCAACCUGAGCCGCCCGCAUGGCGUUCAAGGCAGGCAAGAAGUCGUGUCUGCGAUGCUGGGGCAGGUCCGGGCUGAUGACGCAGAUGGGCGCCUGAUCCUGGGAGCAGAAGAGCUUCAGCAGCUCGUCAUGGGCCUCACAGAAGCGCCACAGUUGGCGGGGCUCCCCGGCAGGGGCUCCUCAUCCUCUUUCCAGCAGUGGAUGUUCUCAACCAAGUUGUCCAGGGCUUGGUUGCGCUUCAAUUCCCGAAGCUGA